AUGAAAGAGAAAUUUGUAUCGUAUCAUAGUGGUGUGUGGAUUGUUACUACUACUACUACUACUACUACUACUACUACUACUACUACUACUACUACUACUACUACUACUACUACUACUACUACUACUACUACUACUACUACUACUACUACUACUACUACUACUACUACUACUACUACUACUACUACUACUACUACUACUACUACUACUACUACUACUACUACUACUACUACUACUACUACUACUACUACUACUACUACUACUACUACUACUACUACUACUACUACUACUACUACUACUACUACUACUACUACUACUACUACUACUACUACUACUACUACUACUACUACUACUACUACUACUACUACUACUACUACUACUACUACUACUACUACUACUACUACUACUACUACUACUACUACUACUACUACUACUACUACUACUACUACUACUACUACUACUACUACUACUACUACUACUACUACUACUACUACUACUACUACUACUACUACUACUACUACUACUACUACUACUACUACUACUACUACUACUACUACUACUACUACUACUACUACUACUACUACUACUACUACUACUACUACUACUACUACUACUACUACUACUACUACUACUACUACUACUACUACUACUACUACUACUACUACUAGUACUACUACUACUACUGGUACGAGAUUCUAG